GAACAAAGCCCUCAGGGGAUAUCACGGAGCACUGAGGCUCCCGGGGCAAGACACGGGCCAGGCCCAGCACUGCAGCAGCAGCACAACCUCCCCCUACAAAGGGACAUGUCCUCAUACCACCAGGGACAGGGUGCCCCCCCCGACAGAUGUACAGGAUGGCACGUGGAGCUGCAGUUAGAGACCCUGGGGGUCACGGGAGGGGAGCUGAGAGGCUGUGCCAGGCAGGCCGGGGUCUGCUCAGCCCCUUCUCCCCAGCCCUGCUCUUAACACGCCAGCCAGAGCUGCGCUGGCAAGAGGGAGCUGCAGAUGGCGGCAGGAGCCCGGCUGAGGCCGCGCAGCUUGCAGACAGCUCCCAACAAGCCCAGCUCUGCCUCGAGCAGGACCCCACCGGCAACUGGAAAAGCGAACAGCAGAGCCACGGUGGGGAGAGGCUGGCUCCCUGCCCGCGCUGCCAUGGCCCACGGGGAAUCUGGAGAGCUCCCAGUGCUCUGCUCGUGGGGCAGGUAGAGGAGAGGGCUCUGCGUCCCCGUCCCUCCUGCCCGCGGGGCUGUGCGGAGCGGCAGGGACAGAGCUGGCCCCAGCUCCGAGCCCCAGCGGCCGGCUCCGUGCCCAGCCAGCCCCAGGCUCCCUUGGCACGGGGCACCAACCGGACCAAAGUCCGGGCUGGGCAGCGCGGGUGCCACCUCCGCAGCAGGGGGCCGGACUCGCUUAACCCUGCUGCUGCCAGCAGCCGGGGCUGGGCUGUGCCCUUCCCUGCGGCCCCGCUAGCGCUCCAGCCCCGCUCCAGGGAAACAGCGGCACCAGCAAGGCAGGGACCCAUGAGAUGGACGCUUCUGGUACGGCAUAAAGCCCCACAAAAUCCCAGCACAGCCUUCGUGCCUCGGGUCCCUGCUUGGGCAGCACAUACAAGUGCCCGAGAGGCACCAGGGCUCCGCAAGCUGGCAGCUCUGAGCCUCCCUGCCGUGGGGCUCAGCAGCCCCGGGGCUCUCCUCCCUGGCCAGAGCUUGCUCUCCCUGUUUGCCAGCUGACUCGGGAGCAGGCACUUGUGUUUCCAAGCAGCCCAGCCCAGUGUGGUGGUGGUAACGCCACGUUCCUCGCUGCUCCCUCACCGCAGCGCUGCUUGUUUACCCGGCCAGGCCCCGCGAGGGCUUUGUGCUCGCAGGAAAAGCGGCGGGCGAUGCCCAGGGUGGCCACGGGCAGCUCCGCCAGCGCUGACAGCUCCUGCUGCCCUUCCUGCUGGCUGAGCAGCCAGGAAGGAAGCCGCCUUGCAGGGAGCAAGAGCCGUUCGGGUUUGGCUGAGCAGCACAGCUGGGGCAGGCAGGGGGGUGAGAUGGUUUUGCCCCCACCUCCCCAAUCCCCCAGCUCCCGCUGGGGCCCUGCCAUCACUGCCGGGGCCCCCGCAUGCCAGAUCGGGAGCGCACCCGGGCAGACGGAUGCUGAAAGCAAGGAGCAGCUGGAGCUGCCCACGCGUCUGCACUCCCUCAGUCUGCCUGGAAAGGGCACGGGCCGGCACGUGGCGCUGGCACGGCUCAGCGCUGGCAGGACCCGGGCCAGCGAUGCAGGGAGAGUUUUAGGACCCUGGAGCGGUGCAGGUGCGAGCGAGCCGGCUGGCUGCGGGGCCUGGGCAAGGAGCAGCUCUCUGCAUCAGCCCUUGGAGGCUCCAGGCACCAAUUUUGCAGCAGGACAGAGCGCACAGGCCCUGCGGCUCCACAGGAACAUCCAGAAGCUCGGCCCCAGCAUGAGGGAGCUCCUCUGCCAGCAGCGCGGAUGCCGGGGCACUCACCCGCGCCUGGAAAUCACGCGGAGAGCAGCGCAAAGCACCCUCGGGACAAAGCGCCCGCCUGCUGUGACCCCAAAAGCUCUCAGAAAUCCUUCACAAGCAGCCAAGAAGCGGAUGAGGGGUUCCUCUGUCGGUCACCAGGCACCGAGCGGUGCUCGGGGAGCGCCGCAGGCAGCUCCGGCGGGGGCACGGCACGCGGAGCGGUGCCAGGAGGCCGUGCCAGUGGGCAGGGGGAGGAGGCAGCCCUCGGUCCGCCAGCAGCCUCACCACUCUGUCAGGCCAGCAGCAUCGGCCCAGGGCUUACUUCACCCCAUCCCCGCUGCAUGCACAGCCUCGGGAGGUCAGGGAGCACCAAGGCACCAGCAUGGCCCUGCGUGGCACCGGGGCUCAACUAUUUCCUAUCCACGGCCUUUUUUUUUUUUUUUCGGGUCUGCAAGAUGCUCGGAGCAGAAGUUUCCAUGACCUAACAAUUCCCAUGGCUGCCUGCACGCAGCCAAACGAGCCCUAGGAAGCCGGCAGGGAGCAGCCGUGCGCAGCGGCAGCCAGCUGGGGGACGCGCGGCCUCCGCGUCCCACGGCUGGAUGCUGGCCUGAGCUAACAACAUCACCCAAAGGCAACGCGACCGUCCGCCUGUGGGGACUCGGGGACGUGCCCCAGGGCCUCGGGGGGAUGCUGCUGCACCCUGCCACCUCCGGGCGUCCUGGGG